UCAAUUAAUAUUAGGAAACAUGAUUCUAUUAUUUUCUACAUGAAUCUGAGUACUGCUGCUUAUUUGAAAAAUAACACUUUCCAAACACUGGAACAAUGGCAAACAUUUCCAACGAGGCAAAAUUAGACAGUCACAUUUUCUGGAAAGAAUAAAUAACUGAUUAAUUAUAGAGCAGAAACGAGCAUUGCAUGGAUGUCGUGUUGCGUCUCUGAGGUCAUUUGCUCUGCGGCAAUGGUGGCACACACAGCUGCUGGCUCUGUUGAACUCGUGUCGUGGAGCUCUCAAAUUUCACACAUUUGGCACAAGCUCAGGUGGCCUGUUUGUUGCAAGGGGAUGGCAAUCAAAAUCAUGAAUAAAAUUAGGGUUUAUUUUACAAUAACGCUAUAAAUUUUGACAAUUCUGCCUAUAUUUAUCUGCCUAUAUUUAUAGUUUGGUUUCAUUAUACAAACACUUGACUGCAGAAAGUUGUGAUCGACUCCCAAGAAAAACAAAUUUGCUUAAAUUUACCCCACUCAAAUUUAUUCAAAAGACCCAAUAAUCUCUUUUGAGCGAGUCUCCUGGGUUUCACAUAUGGACUAUACUUGUUACCUUGUCAAAUAAAUAUCUUGGACGAGAUGACUCAAUCUUGAUGACGAUAAAGAUGUGUGAUAUGCAAGUCAUCUUAAAAAACUGAUUCAGUAGUCACACAACCUGACAAAGUCAAACCGUUUCCAGAUUACACCAAAGAAGAAAGUAAUGCGAGCCUCUAGUAAUGCACAGCUCGAGGUUUCCUCUCAUUAACCAUACAUAAUGUAUUAGUGCUUCUUCAACUACAGGUACUAAUGCCCCAUUGGUGGUAUGUUAUUAACUAUAAAUGUAGUCUUUUUUUUCUUCAUUAUUAUAAUCUAAACUAUAUAAAAGCAUAAAUCAAAAAUGUUAAUUUUAAUAUUAUUAGUGCACUAUAUUAAAUGCACUUUAAGGAGGCAUAAUAUGAGAAGAAAACUAAGAUGAAGGUAAUCAAAAUAUUUUGAUCGUGCAUCACUUCCACUCCAACAGAAAUGGUCAAAUAAUACACAAAACUGUGAAAAUAUUUGAUUGUGUGUAUCGGGGACACAUAAAAUGCUAGUUGUGAAUUAAAUCGCCAGAUGAAGGCUGGUUUGAGCACAGUAAAGUACUUCCUCACGCUGUAGGAAGAUAAGGGGCGGUUACACGGCCUGCUGCGCUUAUUUGGGAACUGGCUGUGCUCAGACUAUAAUGAUCCUCUUUCUAGUAUCUCUGAGAGUGUUAAUGCUUUCCCGGAAGUAAACUAAUAGCCCUCAUCAUUCAAUCUGACAGCCGUGCCCAGAGUAACCACAGAGAUUAGCUUUCAGUUCUCAGAAACUUUACUGCAGGAUACUAUACCGCAGAGGAGCGCUGAAGACCUCACUCAUUCAUAUUCUACUCACUUAUUUUCUAUAUAAGCUGGAAGGCUGACUGCAACUGACUUAAGGUUAUUAAUACAUUGCAUAGUACUGAACCUUAUGAAAAGAGGUACACAAAUAGAUCCAUAGUAUAUCAAUUAGAGCCCGAACGAUAUGGGUUUUUUGGGGCAGAUGCCGAUACCGAUAUUAUGGAGUCAAAAAGGUCAGACACCGAUAUAUCGGUCGAUAUUCUUUGUGUGUAUUUUAUUGUACAGUAUAGGGCUGCACGAUAAAUCGAAGUGAAAUCGAAAUAAUCGCGAUUAGACAGACGCUGCGAUUGUCAUGUGUAUCUUUCAGUGAAGCACGGUUCUGUGAUCAGCAAUGUUCCCUCUAAGCUACACGUGGCCGCGGCAGAAGAAGUAAUGUGCCGCGCACACGCAAAAAUUAAUUGGGAAAGUUAUUGCAAUGCUCGGGCAAACCGCUAUAGAGCUGGUGCCGCUAUAGGUUUCAUAGAAAGAGAACAAUGUGCGCCAAAUGAGUCGCUGUAGAAGCCAAAUACUUCAAUGGUUGCGGACGAAAUAGCUCAAAUCAAGAGCCAACGCAAUGACAUGUGAAAUAAAAUGUCCUCAUGUAUUAAAGAAGAGUGGCUUGAUUAAGUGCUGGAAAUGGGCACAGAUCGGUAAUAAAACAUUUACAAUCACACAAAGGUGUAUUGUGCAAACUGUACUUCAUAGCGACGAUUAGAUAACUAUAUAAGAAUUCACAUGUUCUCGGUUUUUUGAAAAUAUUUAACUUACAGAUCUCAGUUUAAAUUUUGCUUCAGUUUUCUAUUCUAUCAGUUGAAAUGCUUUAGUUUGUUUUGAUAUUAUAUUAUAUUAUAUUAUGUUAGGCCUAUAUUAUAAACCUAAUAAAUAAUUGACCUUGUUUUUUAAUGGAGUCUCUUUCUCAUCAAGGCUGUAUUUAUUUAAAAAAUACAGCAAAAAAACUGUGAUAUUUUGAAAUAGUAUUGCAAUAUCUAAUAUUGGUUUCCUAUUUUAAUAUCUAUAGCCUACUUUAAAAUAUAAUUUAUCCCUGUAAAGCAAAGCUGAAUUUUCAGCAUCAUUACUCUAGUCUUCAGUGUCACAUGAUCCUUCAGAAAUUAUUUUAAUAUGUUGAUUUAUUAUCAGUGUUGCUGAUCUAAUAUGCUGAUUUACAACAGUGAAACUGUUGCUUAAUAUUUUUUUGGAACUUGUUACUUUUUUCUUUGAUUCUCUGAUUAAUAAAAAGUUAAAAAGAACAGCAUUUAUUCAAAAUAGAAAUCUUUUCUAACAAUAUAAGUCUUUUCUAUCAAAUUUUAUCCAUUUAACACAUCCUUGCUGAAUAAGGUCUCUUUAGUUUUGCUCAGCAAGAAAGAAAAAUUUGAGGGAACAUUGGUGAUUAGUAGUAAAUCUCCAUCUCUAAUUGUCCAGAAGAAACCCAGGAAAUCUCUAUAAUGGUAGCUGAAUAAACAGAAGAUUUAACUGCUUUCAAUUAAACAUGACUAAUAAAUACAGGUCUACAGCAAUAUAUGGUUUAUCUGAGUUUUUCUUAUUAUAAUUUUCCUUAUAAUAAAGUAUAAAGCAUUGCCUUCAUCACUGUUUAGAUUACUAUGAAAUAUGUUCCGUGCCUUAUUCUGUGUAAGAAGCCACAUCACCUCACAGAAGGAUUUAUUUCAAACACUUGACUGACAUUAUGAAGUGAGUUUGGAGUAAAAACGUUAUUAAAUGUGGUAUUUUCACAUGCUUUCAGAUGGAGCAGCAUUUACUACGCAGAGCCAUAGUUCACCAAGAAGCAAACAGCUGUCAUUAUCGCGAAUGAUUUAAUAAUCGUACGAUUAUAUCGCCUGUGAUUUUUUGUCAGAGAACUACGGCUCGGUGUAGUAAAUGCUGCUCCAUCUGAAAGCAGGUGAUUGAGAUUUACUACUAAUCACAGAACCGGCUUUACUGACAAGAUGUGCAUGACAAUCGCACUCAAUUAAUCGUACAGCCCUAGUACAGUACCAGUCAAAAGUUUGGACACUUCCCAUUUGUGUCUCUAAACUUUUGGCCGGUACUAAAAUACAAAAUAGGCUAAAAUACAGUAUAUACAUCAACAGAAUAUAAAAUCGGCAAAAUGAUAUAUCAGUCGGGCUUGUUAAAUGUCUUGUUUUUGGAAACUGCAAUGGCAUUACUCUGAUGUUAUUUGCAGUGUCUUUUUUAGUAGUGUCACAGUAGUUUUUUGUUGUUAGCAGGAAUCAGGACUUUUUUUGUAGUAAUAGACCAACAUUUUGAGAAUAUUAGUAUCGGCCGACUAAACAUGUUAAUUAACGGACAACCUAUUUACCUUAUACAUCACAUCUCUUCCAUCUUUAUUUGACCCUCUAACUCUAGCACUCUCUAAUUCUAUUCUUAAAAAAAAAAAAAUAACACUAGCUUUUCUAAUCUUUUUGUAUUUUAUCGGUUUUCUUUUUAUUUAUUACACAGUUAACAAAAGCAAAAAGGCCUAACACUAGCUUGCUCUAUUCUUUUUCUAUUCUAUUGGUUUUCCUUUUAUUUAUUACAUAAUAAGUUUUAAGCUGAUACUUGUUAUAGGACUUGCAUAUUGAUUUUGAUUGCUUCCAUUGUCCUCAUUUGUAAAUCCCUUUGGAUAAAAGCGUCUGCUAAAUAACUAAAUGUAAAUGUAUACGUUUCAUUUGUAAUAACUCCGUUAUAUAUUAGACAUCAAAACAAGAGAUUAUUGAAUGUUCAUUUGACGUUGAGGUUGUUGUAAAAUAUUGUUUUCUGUCCGCAUUAACGCUUCAGCUCACAGAUGCUCAGCAAGGACCGCAGGAGACGCACGCGUGCCGCCGCAGCGGUCUACGCACAUAAUAUAACACCAACCAAUGAGCGACCGGAACUCCUGACCAAUCACAGCACGGGGGAGGAGCUUACGACGUGCGCUGCAGGCGCGUGACUUUCACAUGGAGGCUGCGACGCAGGAUCAACCGCCAUGAUCCUUCCCAAAAAUAGAGCUCUUGCAUGCAGUCAAUCAAAGCGCGUGGAGCAUAACUGCAAUUGCUUUGAACAGUGUAUUGAGAUUAAUUAUGAUUUAAAAAAAAAAAAUAAUUGCUGAAGGAUGAGAAGGAGUAUGCACUGAAACAGAUAGAAGGCACUGGUAUUUCCAUGUCUGCCUGCAGGGAAAUUGCUUUGCUGAGAGAGUUGAAGCAUCCAAAUGUCAUCGCCCUGCAGAAAGUAUUUCUCUCUCACAGUGACCGCAAAGUCUGGCUCCUGUUUGACUAUGCUGAGCAUGACCUGUGGCACAUCAUAAAAUUUCAUCGAGCAUCAAAGGCCAACAAGAAACCCAUGCAGCUACCGAGGGGGAUGGUGAAGUCUCUGCUUUACCAAAUCUUAGACGGCAUCCAUUACCUGCAUGCCAACUGGGUCCUGCACAGAGAUCUGAAACCUGCCAAUAUCCUGGUCAUGGGGGAAGGCCCGGAGCGAGGAAGAGUCAAAAUUGCUGAUAUGGGUUUUGCCCGACUAUUUAACUCUCCACUGAAGCCUUUGGCCGAUCUGGACCCAGUGGUCGUCACAUUCUGGUACCGAGCACCCGAACUACUGCUCGGGGCAAGACACUACACCAAAGCAAUCGAUAUUUGGGCAAUAGGCUGUAUCUUUGCAGAACUGUUGACGUCAGAACCGAUCUUCCAUUGCCGACAAGAAGACAUAAAGACCAGCAAUCCUUUCCAUCACGACCAGUUAGAUCGCAUAUUCAGCGUCAUGGGCUUCCCAGCAGAUAAAGACUGGGAAGAUAUCCGGAAAAUGCCAGAAUAUCCUACUCUACAGAAAGAUUUCAGAAGAACCACAUAUGCCAACAGCAGUCUUAUUAAAUACAUGGAGAAACAUAAAGUCAAACCAGACAGCAAAGUGUUUCUACUGCUCCAGAAAUUGCUGACUAUGGACCCCACCAAAAGAAUCACUUCUGAGCAGGCACUGCAGGACCCAUAUUUCCUGGAGGACCCCUUACCUACGUCUGAUGUAUUUGCAGGAUGUCAGAUUCCCUACCCCAAACGAGAGUUUCUAAGUGAGGAUGAACCAGAGGAGAAAACAGAGAAGAAUCAGACACAGCAGCACCAGCAGACGGCUGCACAGACGCAGACACAAACGCAAACACAGCAGGCUCCAACCCAGCAGAGCUCAGCGCAGACAAAUGGUACAUCAGGCACUGCAGGGGCCAACACUGGCCCCUCCAUACAGCAUGGACAGGAACAGGGGCCACCAAACAAAAAACCUCGCACCUCAGGAACCAGUGUUCUUCAAACAGACUACCAGCACGCCAGCUCGCGGCUUGGUUACCAGAGCAAUGUCCAAGGCUCUACCCAGUCGCAAAGCACUAUGGGAUACUCGUCCUCAUCUCAGCACUCUCAUCAGUCUCAUCGAUACUGAGGCUCAAAAACAUACAUAAGCACUUAAAAGAAAUAUUAACCACAAGCAUAAAGCCAGGCAAGUCAGCACUGGGAUUCAAAUGAAUUGCUGGGUCUGACCCAUAAUAUGGCUUCAACAUAAACAUAAAACCCAAGUUUAUUGCAUUACAAAGCCUCAUGCCAUCCUACAAUUCUCAGCAAAUGCUACUCCAACCAAAGCACAACUUUACAAUCCCUUUCUUUCGAUCAGAGCUCCUCAGAAUUGAGCUUUUUCCUCAAUAUCUCAACGGUUUUUCAAUAUACUGUAUUAAAACUUCCACCAGCUCCAGCACCAACCAUACCUAAUAGUCUACUGACUGUUUAGCAUCUUUAGCGCUUAUUCAUUCUUAUUUUACCACUGUUAGACCAAAACAGUCUCAAAAUGAUCAGCCAAAUGCUAUUCGGGUCAUAGCUACAGAUAGAAGUGACAUGAAGUUUGUUACAAUGGGUAAUCAAAGCUGGCAUCCCACUGGCCGACUCCAAAAAAUCUUGCAUUUCAUCAGGGGAAUCAUAGCUACCAAAUCUCACCAUUUACAGUGUUCCAGUGACAACUAAUCUUGUCUAUCAUCACUGCUGCAUGAUGUGACCCAGACAUUUGAUGUACAGUCAUGAGGAAACUGGUUUUGCACAGUGGGCGGGACUGUCGCGGUUAAGGCUGGUUAGGAUACAGAUCUCAGAUUAACUUGAAAGAGACAUGAAAUAAAUUAGAUCUGAGGUUGCAUUGUUAGGACAUUGUGUUAGGAUGCAGUUUAUGGAAUAAUUUGACCCUAUGAAUGCGUGAGAUGCUGUAUCUGUCCAUUUGGGUCUGAUAUGUUCAUGCAACUGAAAAUUGACUAGUGGGACACCAGUCUAAUAUAUAGUCAGUAACACGGUCUAAACUUUGCAGCUAUUGCGUUUAUUUUUUUAUAUUUUUUUUUACUUUACCACCCAUUAUUAUUGUGGGUUUAUAAGCUCGAGGCUUUCUGAGAUUCCCCCGUUUGACAACCCUGAAACAAAUCAAAUAGAGACAUCUACGGUAUAUAAGCAAUUGUACAUAGGAACCAAAAUCCCCUUUUAUCUCUCUCCUCCUUCUCUCUCCCAGUAAAGGGAUCUGCCUGCAUGUACGGACAGUCGAGCAGAGACUGGAUUUGUGUAACGUGUGCAUAUUUUAAACAAAGACUGAACAAAGAGCAUCUCUCAUAGCUAUCGUGCACCACUGCAUUAUUACAUACAUCUUGUUUUGUUGUGUAAGAGAUUUUUAUUUAAUUUUUUUGUAAAAUAUACACUCACACAAUACACUUUUCAGCUUUUUUUGCGUUAGUUACAACAAUAACAACCAAUAAAAAUAACAUCAGCUAUAAAAGAACAUGGACAUGGUUUACUCUUUCUCUUUUUUGCAGAAGAACAUGUUUUAGGAUUUUGGUCAGGACUAAAAUCCCUAAAUCUGUGUGUGUGUGUGUGUGCGCUUGUGUGUGUGCGCUGUGUGUGUGUGUGCGCUUGUGUGUGUGUGUGUGUGUGCGCGUGCAUGGAUAUACUUGCAUGUGUGUGAUUAUCCGGGGCAGCUAGCAGUUGAACUGCUUCUGUGACUGUUAUUUCUUGUCUCCUCUUUGUGUUUUAUAUGCUUUUAUAAUCUGUUUAUUGUUGGUUAUUGUUUUGAAGUGCAGUUAUUUCUUUGUGUUCUUACAGCUUUGUUAUUUGAGCUGAGUUUGUGGACUGAAAGUGAGAGUUUUUUUUUUUUUAAAGAGCUGAAUCAAACAAGGGCAACUGAUUCGCUCCUCUGACAAACAAUUGGAUAUCUCAUCAGGCAAAGCUGGGGACUUCAGCUGUGCGUAUUACAGGUCCUUCCAAGCCGUGUUUGAAACACUGAAACUUUGUGGUGCGCAAUAUGUGUUGCAUGAUUAAGCAGACAACUUGGUGGAAUAUACGAGCUCAAACGGGAUUCAAAGGAAAUCUUGAAACAGAGUCUUUCAACAUCUCUUGUUUUAAGCUUUAUGGAAAUGAGUCAGUUUGAAAGACCCUGAAGGAUAAUGUUACAUGAAAGUGGAUUGCGGUCACCCAGCGCGAACUGAGACUGACAGUUGAUUUCAACCAAAAUGUUCGCAGAACAAGUGUAGCUAAUGGUCAGUUACUGCCAUCAUACUUCUUGGGUUUCUCUUCUGUCCCAUCUUAAGAUUCCUUGUUUUUCUGUAAUGUGCUUUGUAUUUCUGGUAAAAGCAAUCAAAACACAAGUGUUAUUUCACUAUUUUUCCACCCCCUGUUGUGGGUUUCUUCUCACAUCAAAGUGAGGUGUACAACUGGGUCUAAAUGUUUUUAAAGCCUAGAUACUAUAUAAACAAAGAUUUAUGAUUAAAAAAUGAGGUUGUGACUUAUGAAGUAUAAAUAUUUCAGAUUCACUUAAUGAAAUUUAACCAGAUUUGUCAUUUUACCAAUGUUAAUUCCAUUAUACAAAAGUCCGAUUUUUUUGCUUUCUUUCAAGAUGUUUUUUUUGCAUUUUCAAUCAUGCCAGAUGACAUGACAUGGGCAGCUUGUAUGCUGCAUAGCAGAAGAAAUUUGUGUACUUUGUUUUUCUAUUUUACUUUUUAAUGUAAAUUGUUAUGCUAAUUAUAUAAUAUAUGAUGACAGCUUUUAUUUUAUUUUAAUUUUUUUUAUUAGAAUAGAUUUUUAAAAAAUGAUAAUUUUCGAUAGUGUUCUCAGACUUUUGGACACUGCUGUACAGGUUUAUUACAUUUUCUGAUAUUUAUAAGUCUAGGAUACACAGGGGGUGGAUUUUUGUGGAGCAUUACCAGCCACCAUUGACUGAAAUAAUGAUGGAAUAACAUUAGUUUCAUAUGAUGUUGUUUAUUUCAGCAAAAUAAGAGGAACUGUUGUACAAUGUAGUUGUUGCAUAUCAUAUUUGGUGUCAUAUCUUUAGUUUGAUAAUGUUUCAACCUCUCUCCUUCAGUUUUCCCAAAUUUUCAGCAGAAUAAACUGAGAAUGCAAAUAACAAAAUAAAUAACGCCAAACAUA